AUGCGACCUCGCAGGCCCGAACUCGAGCCCGUCAGACUCGCCGCCAACGCUGCUACUCCUGGACACGCCUUCUUUGAGCAGCUCAUUGACCAUGACCACCCCGAGAAGGGCACUUUUCAGCAGAGAUAUGCCUGGAACGGAGAGUUCUACAAGGGUCCUGGGUCUCCCAUUAUCCUGAUGGGACCUAACGAGAGUGCUUUGGAUGGUUUCGAGGGAUACACGACCAACAAGACUCUUCCUGGUGUCAUUGCCCAGGAACUUGGUGCUGGUGCUUUGAUCAUUGAGCACCGCUACUGGGGACAGAGCUCGCCCUUCGACACUCUCAACACUGAGAACAUGCAGUAUCUCACUCUGGAGCAGUCAGUCAAGGAUCUCGUCUACUUUGCUCAAAACGUCGUUCUCCCCUUCGACCAGAACCGCACCAGCACCCCCGACAAGGCCCCCUGGGUCCUCGCUGGCUGCUCCUACAGCGGUGCGCUCACAGGCUGGGUGCAGGAUCUUGCCCCCGGAACCUUCUGGGCAUACUCAUGCUCCAGCCCCGUCGUCGAGGCCGUUGACGAGCUGUGGAGGUACUUUGAGCAGGUCAAGCUUGCUAUGCCCAAGAACUGCUCUUCGGAUUAUGCCCAAGUUAUCCAGCAUGUGGACCAGGUGCUGCUGGGACGCAACCAGAAGGCCAAGGAUGACCUCAAGGCUCUGUUCGGAUUGGCUGAUCUCGAGCACGACGAUGACUUUGCCGCUGCGCUGAACAAUGGAUUGUAUACAUGGCAGAGCGUGCUGUUCUCUGAUGCCUCCAACCCGCUGCUCGUCAUGUGCGACUAUGUCGAGAACGUGUGGCCUGGCAGCACUUCUCCUGUCCCUGGAGCCAAGGGAGUUGGCCUGACAAAGGCCCUGGCUGGAUAUGCCAAGUGGUUCACCUCUGUCAGCUUGCCUGGAUCUUGCUCUGGUUAUGGAUACUGGUCGAACCCCAACGACACAUCCUGCUACGACACCUACAACGCAACGAGCCCCCUGUUCACUGACCUCACUGUCGAGAACACUGCCAACCGUCAGUGGUUCUGGUACCUCUGCAACGAGCCCUUCAAGUGGUGGCAGGUUCGCGGCCAGGGCAACCUCGUCUCCCGCCUUGUCAACGAGCCCUACUUUGAGCGCCAGUGCAACCUCUUCUUCCCUCGCGAGGGCAAAUACACCUACGGCAUCGCCAAGGGCGUUACCACCCACCACGUCAACCAGGUCACCGGCGGCUGGCGCAACGUCAACACGCACCGUCUGCAGUGGACUGCGGGAGAGUUCGACCCCUGGAGGCCCGCGACCGUCAUGGCUGAGAACCGACCUGGCGGCCCGCUGCAGUCGACGCCCGAGCACCCCGUGUUUGUGGUUCCUGGAGCGGCGCACUGCGGAGAUAUGCUGGUGAGGAACGCCAAUGCGAAUGCGGGCGUGAAGAAGAUCUUUGAUGCCCAGGUUGCGAAUGUCAAGCAGUGGGUGCAGGAGUUUUAUGAGGAGAAGGGGGGUAAGCCACACUAUUAG